GAGAGAUGGCGUCCUGCACCCCGUGAAUAAUAAACAAUUAUCAUAAAGAAUUGAUGAAGAGAUCACUCUACCGUAAUGUAUCAUUAUGCUACGACCCCUCAAUUGAAGUAGGCUAAUAAUCGUCAUCUUUCACUGAUAGAAACAGCAUUUGUUUUGGUGCUGUUCUGCAAUAACCUAUUCGUAUUCCACCUGGCUUUCCCACAUUUAACAGUGGGGUUGGUUCCGCUGCGUUUGUUUCAGCAUCCUCCAACUUCCGCCUCUGCGUGUCCAACGCAAGGAGACAGGGAGAGAAGGGCGAUGGCUGCCGGUGGAGGAUGCGGAGAGACUGUGGAUCAGUACCGGGCGAAGGUGGAGCGGCUUACCCAGGAACUUGCGGAAGCGAACAGAGAGAAGAUAAGGGCGGCAGAAUGCGGUCUUGUUGUGUUGGAUGAGAACCAGACUCUAAAGCACCAGUAUGCCGAUCUGGAAUCGGAACAGGAGACGCUGAAGCAAGAGUUGGAACAAUUACAAGAGGCAUUUGGCCAGGCAUACUCCAACCAGCGUAAGGUCGCGGAGGAUGGCGAGAUCAACGAGGAGUCGCUGCUGCAGGAGUCAGCAUCAAAGGAGGCCUUCUACAUGGGCCAGCUGCUGGAGCUGCAGACAGAUCUGAAGCUGAGCCGCUCCGUGGCGUCCAACGCGUCCAACGAGAGCGAGAGGCUCAACGCCGUGCUUCAGGAGCACAAAGAGAGUAAUGAGAUGCUGGAGCUGCAGGGGAGCAGGAUGAGAGAGGAAAUCAGGGAGUAUAAGUUCAGAGAGGCGCGACUCCUACAGGACUACACUGAGCUGGAGGAGGAGAACAUCACCCUGCAAAAACUAGUGUCCACCCUCAAACAGAACCAGGUGGAGUAUGAGGGUCUGAAGCAUGAGAUCAAGGUUCUGGAGGAGGAGACGGUGCUGCUGAACAGCCAGCUGGAGGAUGCUGUGCGUCUGAAGGACAUCUCUCAGUCCCAGCUGGAGGAAGCUCUGGAUGCCCUGAAAAUUGAGAGGGAGCAGAAGAACAGCCUGAGGAAGGAGCUGGCCCACCACAUCACCCUCAGCGACAGUGUAUAUGGUGCCGGAGCCCACCUGGCUCUCACCGCCACUGUUGACGGGCUCAAAUUUGCCACCGAAGAGGUUGGGAGUAAUGGUACAGCCAUGCAUAAUGGAGCCAACGGGAAUGAGGAUAGCAACGGCCACUGUAAUGGGCACCUGGGAUUGGCCAAGAUGAACGGCGACUACCGGCUGCCCAGGAAGGGGGAGGGGCUGCAUGGUCCUGUGUCUGACCUCUUCAGCGAGCUCAACCUGUCUGAGAUGCAGAAAGUAAAAAAGCAGCUGUUUCAGGUGGAGCGUGAGAAGUCAAGCCUCCUGAUGAACCUGCAGGAGUCCCAGACCCAGCUGCAGCACAUGCAGAGCGCCCUGACGGAGCAACACGAGAACGUCCAACGCCUCACCGAACGCGUCAACGUCAUGAAGCACCUCCAAAGUAACAAGGAGAUGGCUGAUUCUCAGGAGUCUGAGAAGUCCAACGGGUCGCCCUCGCCCUGUUACCGCGACGACAAGGUGGACAUCCACGGGAUGGACAUCCUGGAGUGUAAGUACAAGGUGGCAGUAACCGAGGUGAUCGACCUGAAGGCGGAGCUAAAAGCCCUGAAGGAGAACUAUAACCAGUGUGUGGAGGGACAGGGGGAGGAGCGGAGCAGCAAUGAUGGGAAGGUCCAGGCUCUGGAUGAGCAGGUCAACCGGCUGGAGCAGAGCUGCCAAGAUUCCCACGAUAGGGUGGCGUGUUUGGAGGCGGAACUAAAGACGGCCUCAGAGAGCCACAGCAUGCUGAACACAGCGCAGGACGAGCUGGUAACAUUCAGCGAGGAGCUGGCCCAGCUAUACCACCACGUGUGUCUCUGCAACAAUGAGACGCCCAACCGCGUCAUGCUGGACUACUACCGCCAGAGCCGUAACACCCGCAGCGGCAGCCUCAAGGGCUCCGAGGACCCCCGGGCACUCCUCUCCCCCCGCCUGGCUAGACGCCUCGCCGCUAUCAACGCUGGGUUCACCGAGACCCCACGGAGCCCCAUAGACUCGCCCUCCAAAGAAUCCCCCAGUGGGGACAACGGGGAAACAGGGAGGGAGUCCCCAGCACCAGGCAGCCAGGGGAGCCCAACCCGCUCCCUCAUGGGCUCCCCGGUCAUCAACGGCACCAACGGCCCUUCCUCCUCCUCCCCCGUGGCUCCCGAGGCAAGUGGAGAUCUGCGUAAGGAGCCCAUGAACAUCUACAACCUGAACGCCAUCAUCAGGGACCAGAUCAAACACCUGCAGAGAGCCGUGGACCGCUCCCUCCAGCUGUCUCGACAGAGGGCAGCCGCCCGGGAGCUGGCCCCCUUGUUCGACAAGGACAAGGAGGCCUGCAUGGAGGAAAUUCUCAAGCUCAAGUCCCUCCUCAGCACCAAGAGGGAGCAGAUUGCCACGCUAAGACUGGUGCUCAAAGCCAACAAACAGACAGCAGAGGUGGCGCUGGCUAAUCUAAAGAGCAAGUAUGAGAAUGAGAAGUGCAUGGUGACAGAGACCAUGAUGAAGCUGAGGAAUGAGCUGAAGGCUCUGAAGGAGGACGCUGCCACCUUCUCCUCUCUCAGGGCCAUGUUCGCCACCAGGUGUGAUGAGUACGUGACUCAGCUGGAUGAGAUGCAGAGACAGCUGGCAGCGGCGGAGGAUGAGAAGAAGACCCUGAACUCCCUGCUCCGCAUGGCCAUCCAGCAGAAGCUGGCCUUGACCCAACGCCUGGAGGACCUGGAGUUUGACCACGAACAGACCAGGGACCGCGGCCGCGGCACAAAGGUGCCCAAGAUCAAGAACAGCCCGCCCAAAGUAAGUCGACGAGCCGCUCUCACUGCUCCCCCCAGCCCUACCAUGAUACACAGCCCUUCCUCCACCAGCUCCCACUCCUUCAACACCUCCCUGACCCUCUGCAGCCCUCCCUCCCUGGAGCUGCCCCUGUCCUCCAACCCCUGGUCGGCCUCAGACAGAGGCUCAUCCCAGUUCUCUUCCUUGCCUCCCCUGGGUGACCCCCAAUGGUCCCUAGGCACUCAGACCUUCAUCAUUGACCCAGAGUCUCUGAGUUUAGAGUUCUGUCGACUCGUUAACAGUCGAGACUCUGGUCUGCACUCUCCUAGCUCCGCCCCUGCGUCUCCCUACCGCUCACCCAUUCCCAAGACUUGGCAACAUUUGUCGCCGGGGUCGGUGAGAACUCGUACCCAAAAAGACGCACCUCGGCCCUCUGCUCUGGCCACAUCUCCCAGCAACCCUGUCCCUCGCUCCUACAGUUCCCAGAUGCCCCAGCCCUGAGUCCAGGGGGGUGGGUUGGAAACAGAGAGGAGGACAGACUGGUUUCCUGUUUCCUGUGUCUGGCUUGACCUAUGCCUAUGCAGUACUGUGACACUCUUCUCAGGGAUUGGCUAUGAGAAGGAGCCCAACAGAGCUUGUUCCAUCUGCAAACAAUACUCAACAGUCUUUUUGUAGUUUUGGGCUCAUAAGGCACCACAGUUGCUAUUGUCCAUUUCUGUAAAUAAAGGGAUUUAGAGAAUAAAUGAAAUAUACUGUAUGUGAGAAAUAUACUAGAAAAUGUGAAGUUCUAAUGAAAAAUAAUGUAGAAUUUUAGUGUAUGAGGAUGUGGUGUGUUUAAUGAGCUAAGAUAGUGUGAGGGAUACUUGUACAUUUUGGAGAUAUUUGAUGCUAUAACACAAUGUAUUGUUUAUUUGUAUUUCCCACCCUUGGCACAUACUUCUCAUAUCACACAACCAAAUUAUUUUUCCAAUGGCUAUUAACAUUCUUAGGCAAUUGAUUUUCCCUGUUGUAUUCAAUGCAUAUGAUAAAGUCUCUUUGUAGUCAAUACAUGCGUUGCUUUUUCCAACCAUCUAUAGAUGUGCGCAGAGCUACCAUGUGUACUGUGGGCCUCAUUGACCAAUGGUGCCACUCAGUGGCCGAUUUACACAGUUACAGCUGAAACACAUUGAUAGCCAUUGGAAUUCCUCAGUCUAUCCCAGUAGAGGCUGGUGAGCUACAGGAGGACGGGCUCAUUGUAAUGUCUGGAAUGGAACUGAGUCAAACAUGUGGUUUCUAUAUGUUUGAUGUGUUUGAUACUGCUCCAUUGAUUCCAUUCCAUCCAUUACAAUGAGCCUGUCCUCCUAUAGCUCCUCCCACCAGCCUCCUCUGAUCUAUCCCUAUGAAUGUUUGCCACAGAAAAUAUUAAACCUUGUUUAAAUCUCUGGGAAUCUUCUUUUGUUAAGCAGAGAUGGCAGCGAUGCAAAUUAUACAAAGGAACCUUAUCUAUUUCUUCAUUGGUACAUUACUAUGUAGUCCACUUUACAGUACUUCUCUGGCUUAGUUUACACAGGUAGCCCAAUUCUGAUCUUUUUUUCACAAAUUGGUCUUUUGACCAAUCAGAUCAGCUCUGAAGAAGAUCUGACGUCAAAAUAUUUGAUGUAAUUGGUCAAAAGACCAAUUAGUGGUGUAAACACAGUCUCUGACACAGUAUAUCAAUUAAACAAUUUUGAUAACACUGCAAAUCAUAUUAAUAUUAAUGUCAUGAGAAAAAAUUCAAGGAAUCAUUCUAGUUUGUAUUCCCCAUGAUUGAUUAACAUUUUCAAGCCAUUGUAUAAUAUUAAUCUUCAAUUUUCCACAACUCUAGAGCAAAAAGCAUUUGACAGAAGUCCCUUCCAUGUCUCUACAGAGAUACACUGGCUGACCAAGCUCUACCUGAUUUCAGAGCCACAAUCCAUUGUCCCUUCUCUACAUUAUACCAAGUACACUAUAGCUUGACUUCCUUGUUCCUUGUGACCUUAGUCUAUAAUGAAUAUAGAAAACAUAGCAAACACAGUGCGUGUGCGAGACAGAAACUGAAAGAAUGAACUGUCAUGCUUUUUCUGUCAGUGUUGAUAGAUGUUUGUUGUGGCAUGCAUGUGACUUUGUUCAGUCCGAUCUAAGAGAAAGUAUAUAAAUGGUUUACAUGCAUAUAAACCAUUCAGAGCAGCAUGGAAACCAGUGUGACCUCCUCUCUGUGAUACCCUAACCACACACCCAGCCCUACUACGCUCAUAUCACCCUGAAAAGGACACGCCCUGAAAAGCACCCCAAAUCAACCCUAUGCCCAUGCCAUGUAGUGCCAGCAGAUGUCAGUGUCUACCAGUUACUGCUCACACUGACCUAGCUGUGGUUAUUGGCACACAUGACUGUAAGUCGCUUUGGAUAAAAGCGUCUGCUAAAUGGCAUACAUUAUUAUUAUUACAUUUUGGCUCCUACAGUGGUCAAAUGUUUUUAUUGACACAAAAAGAGGUGAAGAAUGUCCAUGUACAUUCAGCUCCAAUCCCUGUGACAUAACAUUGGUUGGACUUUGACUCUAUAAAAAUGAAACCCAAGGCUGCAGGGUCAUUCAUUCAUUCAUGUCUUAUAUUUGUGUAUGAUAUUAUAACUCAUCUGAUCUAAAUAUGCUGGUUUGUUUUUAGCCCAUAGCCGUACAUGAGCAGCAGUUGAUUACUAAGUCUGACAGCCACCAUGAUAGUGGUUUGUUUUUAGCCCAUAGCCGUACAUGAGCAGCAGUUGAUUACUAAGUCUGACAGCCACCAUGAUGUGGUUUGUUUUUAGCCCAUAGCCGUACAUGAGCAGCAGUUGAUUACUAAGUCUGACAGCCACCAUGAUAGUGGUUUGUUUUUAGCCCAUAGCCGUACAUGAGCAGCAGUUGAUUACUAAGUCUGACAGCCACCAUGAUAGUGGUUUGUUUUUAGCCCAUAGCCGUACAUGAGCAGCAGUUGAUUACUAAGUCUGACAGCCACCAUGAUGUGGUUUGUUUUUAGCCCAUAGCCGUACAUGAGCAGCAGUUGAUUACUAAGUCUGACAGCCACCAUGAUGUGGUUUGUUUUUAGCCCAUAGCCGUACAUGAGCAGCAGUUGAUUACUAAGUCUGACAGCCACCAUGAUAGUGGUUUGUUUUUAGCCCAUAGCCGUACAUGAGCAGCAGUUGAUUACUAAGUCUGACAGCCACCAUGAUAGUGGUUUGUUUUUAGCCCAUAGCCGUACAUGAGCAGCAGUUGAUUACUAAGUCUGACAGCCACCAUGAUGUGGUUUGUUUUUAGCCCAUAGCCGUACAUGAGCAGCAGUUGAUUACUAAGUCUGACAGCCACCAUGAUGUGGUUUGUUUUUAGCCCAUAGCCGUACAUGAGCAGCAGCUGAUUACUAAGUCUGACAGCCACCAUGAUGUGGUUUGUUUUUAGCCCAUAGCCGUACAUGAGCAGCAGCUGAUUACUAAGUCUGACAGCCACCAUGAUGUGGUUUGUUUUUAGCCCAUAGCCGUACAUGAGCAGCAGCUGAUUACUAAGUCUGACAGCCACCAUGAUGUGGUUUGUUUUUAGCCCAUAGCCGUACAUGAGCAGCAGUUGAUUACUAAGUCUGACAGCCACCAUGAUGUGGUUUGUUUUUGUUUGUUUGUCUCCUUUUGGUGCAGCACAGAAAAAUACAUGGCUAGAUUUGAAACUGUGCGUAAAUGUUCUAUGUGUGUCCGUGUGUUUCCUUGUGUGUGUCCUGUACGUUAAUAGUGCUGUCCAUCCUUCUCGGGGGAUGGAUAGAGGAAUGCCUUGUCAGUUGGGUUAGAUGAGGCUGGUCUUAAAUAACGAGCAGUCAUUCAGUGAUGCACAAGCCCAUUAUUGGCCUUGCAAAAUGAACAGAGAGCUCUCUUUCUCUUUCUCUCUAUCUCUCUCCCUUUCUAUUUCUUUCUUUCUUUAUCUUUCUCACUCUUAUAUAAACAUAAAUAACAAUUCUCACAAUAACAAGUACACAAAAUGCACUUCUGUGGUUAUGUCUGAUUGUAGAAAGCAUUAUUCAUUUACUUUCUAGACAAAUAAAUCAUUUUUAAAAAACAUAAGAAUGUGUAAAUUGUAUGAACUCAAAUGGACUGUAUUACAGUAAGAUGUUAACUUCCAAAAUGUGAUAUUCCAAUAAAAUGAAAGCGAUUACAAGAAAGAUUGCUAAAAGCAUAAACAUUAUAAUGCCAUAUGCUCUCAUGUUAUACUUUCAAAAGAGAGCAGAAUGUUUCCCAACUGACGUCCUCUCCUCAGACAUGUUGAGUUAUUACAUGACGAGG